GGAGCACACAGCCCCAUGGCUCCCGACCCCAGCAGCCGCCGCCGCGGCCACCACGGCCUCCUGCUGCUUGCCUGCUGCCUCUCGGCCGCCCAGGCUGACCUGCUGUCCUGGCUAUGGCCCGGGAACAGUGUCCAGCCCACAGCUGCACCAGCCUCCAAGACCCCGGGCAGCUCACCUGUGUGGCCCACAGAGGAUACCACCACGCAUGUGGCCCCCCGGGAUGCUCCCACCGACUGGUGGAAAGUCUCUGCCAGCCCCACAACCCCUCUGCAGAGGCCGGAGGCAGGGCAGGGCCAGAGCCUUGCUGGCCCCACGGCCUCCACCGCGAGCCUGGACCUGAAGGAGGAGAACAUCGCCGGCGUCGGAGCCAAGAUCCUGAAUGUGGCUCAGGGCAUCCGGAGCUUCGUCCAGCUGUGGGACGACACUAAGGACACCACCCCUGCCGAGAGCUCUGCCAGGGCAGGGACGCCAGCCCCCACGACCCCCACAGACCCCCUUUCUACCGCCCCGGCCAAGGGCUCCGCCAGGGCAGGGAUGCCGCCCCCCACGGACACCACGGACCCCCUCUCCACCCCUGGACCCUCCAGCACCCCCCAGGACAGCGGGACCACCCUCCAGCCGAGCACCGGGGCCCUGAGCUCUCCAGACACCCAGAGGACCGAGGCCGGCACCCUGCCAGUGCCCACCCAGCUGCCGCCCUCCCUGGGCAGACCCUGGUUCAGGGAGUCCUUGGUACUGCUUACCCCAGGUAGAUUUUCUCUUUCCUUCGGGCCGACCCGGGGGCCUCCCCGGGGACACCAGCUGCCCCUCGGGCGGCCCCUGCAGCUGGACGGUGAAGGAUUCUUGCUUGCGGCAGCCCAUCCCGGCCACCAACACCCUGACGACCGCCGGCCCACGCCGCCUCUACCUCCCCUGGUGACGGGUUCCCUGGGCAGGCACACUGCCCUCUGGGCUCUCUCCUCUGACUCCCCUGCCAAGCUGUCUCACGUUGCAAUCUCGGCUCUAACUGUGGACAAUGGUGCUUGGUCUCCCCACGUGGCUAAUUCUGCGGGGCCUGGUCUUGCUAACAAGUCCACACUGCUUGGGGCUGGUGAGCCGGCUGCCACUGGGCAGCCUGUCCCCACCACCGCUGGCCGCUGCCUGCCCCUGCCACCCUCCCUGGCCCUCUGUGGCCACCUGGGCAUCAGGCACUCCUGGUGGCCCAACCACCUCCGCCACGCAAGUCGGGAGGAGGUGCAGGCCUCGGUCCCAGCCUGGGGGCCGCUGCUCCGGACCCAUUGCCACCGCUUCCUGGCCUGGUUCUUCUGCCUGCUGCUGGCGCCCCCCUGCGGGCCCGGCCUGGCACCCGGCCCACCACCCUGUCGCCAGUUCUGCGAGGCCCUGGAGGACGCAUGCUGGAGCCGCCUGGACGGGCGCGGGCUGCCACUCCUCUGUGCCUCGCUCCCGGCCCGCGAGGACGGGCACUGCGUGUUCAUAGGGCCACCGGCAGAGGGCGAGGUCAUGGAGGUGGGGCUCCAGCAGCUGCUCGGGGAGCCCCCGCCCUGGCAGGUGGCCGUCGUGCACGACCCCGACGUGGGGCCCGCCUAUGAGUUCGGCGAGGACGGCAGCGGUGGAGGCCAGGCGGCCCGGGGCUUCCUGCCCAGCGCGUUCUUCCAGGACUUCUCGCUGCUGGUGCGUGUGCGGCCGGCCUCGGCGCGCGCCGGCGUACUCUUUGCGGUCACAGACCCGGCGCAGGCGGUGGUCUCGGUGGGCGUGAAGCUGACGGCGGCGCGUGGGGGGCGGCAGCACAUGCAGCUGUUGUACACGGAGCCCGGAGACACCCACACGCGCACAGCCGCCAGCUUCGAGCUGCCCGCGCUGGAUGGUCGCUGGACACGCCUGGCGCUCAGUGUGGAUGGCGCCUACGCCAGGCUCUUUGUGGACUGUAAGGAGGUCCAGGGCCAGCCCCUGGCGCACUCGCUGCACGACCUGCACCUGGAGCCGGAUGCCCGCCUCUUCGUGGCCCAGGCCGGCGGAGCAGACCCUGAAAAGUACCAGGGUCUGAUCUCAGAGCUGAGGUUGCGCAGGGAUCCUCGGGUGAGCCCCCGGCACUGCCAGGACGAGGAUGAGGACGACGAUGAUGAUGGGGCAUCCGGAGACCUGGGCAGCGGGCUCGUGGAGACCCAGGAGCAUCUCCGGGAGGAGUUGGGCGCGUCCCUGGGACCCAGGCUCCCCGAGGCUCCUCCAGUCACUUCUCCACCCUUGGCCGGAGUCGGCAACGAGGAGGAUUUAAGAACUGAGGAAGUAGAGGAGUCAACCACGGUGUCUUCGUUAGGAGCUCAGACCCUCCCCAGCUUGGGCACGGUCAGCAUGUGGGACAAGAGUGUUUGGAGCCCUGGGAGCAGCAUGAAAGAGCGAGGCCUGAAGGGGCAGAAGGGAGAGCCCGGCGCUCAGGGCCCCCCCGGCCCCAUCGGCCCCCAGGGUCCUGCAGGCCCAGCCAUAGAGAGCCACGAGGGACAGCCUGUUUCCGGACCACAGGGACCCCCUGGGCCCCCGGGACCCCCGGGGAAGGACGGCACCCCUGGAAGGGACGGUGAGCCCGGCGAUCCUGGCGAAGACGGGAAGCCCGGGGACACUGGGCCACAGGGCUUCCCAGGAACCCCAGGAGACGUAGGCCCCAAGGGCGAGAAGGGGGAUCCUGGAGUUGGACCGAGGGGACCCCCAGGACCCCAGGGGCCCCCGGGGCCCCCAGGGCCCUCCUUCAAACCCGACAGGCUGACCUUCAUCGACAUGGAGGGCUCCGGUUUUGGCGGCGACCUGGAGAGCCUCCGCGGCCCUCGUGGCUUCCCUGGCCCCCCGGGGCCCCCUGGCGUCCCAGGCCUGCCGGGAGAGCCAGGCCGCUUCGGGAUGAACAGCUCGGACGUCCCUGGACCCGCAGGCCUACCCGGCGUGCCUGGGAGGGAUGGGCCGCCUGGGCUUCCGGGGCCCCCGGGACCCCCAGGUACUCCAGGAAAAGACGGACAACCAGGACUGACUGGACAGAAAGGCAGCCUCGGUGAGGCGGGCGCCCCAGGACCCAAGGGAAGCAAGGGAGACCCUGGCCCCAUCGGUGCUCCUGGGGAGCACGGCCUGGCAGGAGCUCCCGGACCCGCAGGCCCGCCAGGGCCACCUGGCCCCCCCGGGCCCCCAGGCCCAGGAUUCGGCGCGGGAUUUGACGACAUGGAAGGCUCCGGGAACGUCUUCUGGUCAACAGCCCGAGGUGCUGAUGGGCUGCAGGGACCGCCUGGAAUGCCCGGAGUCAAGGGGGAUCCUGGAGCCGUGGGGCCACCAGGGAGCAAGGGAGAAGUUGGAGCAGAUGGAGCACCUGGGCUCCCCGGCCUCCCGGGCGGAGAGGGUGCAGCUGGACCCCAGGGACCAAAAGGAGAAAAAGGGACUCGGGGAGAGAAAGGAGACCCAGGGAAGGAUGGAGUGGGGCAGCCAGGACUCCCGGGACCCCCCGGACCCCCAGGGCCUGUUGUCUACGUGUCGGAGCAGGACAGAGUGCUGGCGAGCGUGCCAGGCCCCGAGGGCCGCGCGGGCUUUGCAGGCUUCCCUGGACCAGCCGGGCCAAAGGGGGACCUGGGCGCCAAAGGCCAGCAGGGCAUCCCGGGACCCAAGGGUGAGAAGGGAGAGCCGGGUACGUUCUUCGGCCCCGAUGGCAGAGCACUGACCCCCGCCCAGAAAGGAGCCAAGGGUGAGCCAGGCUUCCGAGGACCCCCGGGUCCAUACGGGCGGCCCGGGCACAAGGGAGAGAUCGGAUUCCCUGGACGGCCGGGGCGUCCCGGGAUGAAUGGACUGAAAGGGGAGAAGGGGGAGCCGGGGGACGCCAGCGUGGGAUUCGGCAUGAGGGGUCCACCUGGCCCACCUGGGCCUCCGGGGCCCCCAGGCCCUCCUGGGACUCCUGUCUACGACAGCAACGCAUUUGUGGACUCUGGCCGCCCUGGACCCCCGGGAUUGCCAGGGCAUCAGGGGCCUUCUGGACCCAAGGGUGACAAAGGAGACGUGGGCCCGCCUGGACCACCAGGGCAGUUCCCGUUCGACCUCCUCCAGCUGGGUGCCGAGAUGAAGGGGGAGAAGGGGGACCGAGGGGCCGCUGGGCAGAAAGGAGAAAGGGGUGAGCCCGGGGGCGGAGGAUUCUUCGGCUCCAGUGUGCCUGGCCCCCCCGGCCCGCCUGGCUACCCGGGGAUUCCGGGCCCCAAGGGAGAGAGCAUCCGUGGCCAGCCCGGCCCUCCAGGACCUCAGGGACCCCCUGGCAUUGGCUACGAGGGACGCCAGGGGCCUCCUGGGCCCCCUGGACCCCCAGGGCCCCCAGGGCCCCCAGGGCCCCCUUCCUUUCCUGGCCCCUACAGGCAGACCAUCAGUGUUCCUGGCCCACCAGGCCCACCUGGGCCCCCAGGGCCCCCUGGAUCCAUGGGCACUUCUUCAGGGGUGAGGGUCUGGGCCACGUACCAGAUGCUGGUGGAGCAGGUGCUGCAAGUGCCGGAGGGCUGGCUCAUCUACGUGGCCGACAGGGAGGAGCUGUACGUCCGGGUCCGGAAUGGCUUCCGGAAGGUUCUGCUGGAGGCCCAUGUUCCCCUCCCCCAUGGGACGGACAACGAGGUGGCCGCCUUGCAGCCCCCCCUGGUGCAGCUGCAUGAGGGUAAUCCCUACCCCCGCCGGGAGGCCCCCCACCCGACAGCGCGGUCCUGGCGGGCGGACGACAUCCUGGCCAACCCCCCGCGCCUGCCGCACCCCCAGCCCUACCCCGGCGCCCCUCACCAUGGCGCCUACGCACACCUCCGGCCGGUGCCCCCUACGGCCUCGCCCUCCCACACCCACCACGACUUCCAGCCGGUGCUGCACCUGGUGGCGCUCAACAGCCCGCAGUCGGGCGGCCUGCGAGGCAUCCGCGGCGCCGACUUCCAGUGCUUCCAGCAGGCGCGCGCCGCGGGGCUGGCCGGUACCUUCCGCGCGUUCCUGUCCUCGCGGCUGCAGGACCUGUAUAGCAUCGUGCGCCGCGCAGACCGCGCCACUCUGCCAGUCGUCAACCUCAGGGACGAGGUGCUGUUUCCUAGCUGGGAGGCCUUGUUCUCAGGCUCCGAGGGCCAGCUGAAGCCCGGCGCCCGCAUCUUCUCCUUUGACGGCAGAGAUGUCCUCCAGCAUCCCGCCUGGCCCCAGAAGAGCGUGUGGCACGGCUCAGACCCCAGCGGGCGCCGGCUGACUGAGAGCUACUGCGAGACGUGGCGGACGGACACCAGGGCGGCCACGGGCCAGGCCUCCUCGCUGCUGGCGGGCCGGCUGCUGGAGCAGAAAGCCGCUGGGUGCCACAACGCCUUCAUCGUCCUCUGCAUCGAGAACAGCUUCAUGACCUCCUCCUCCAAGUAGGGCCUCUGCGGGCACCAUGGACAGGUGGACUGACGAACAGAGUGCCAGAGAGGAGCCAGGCGCCAGGCCGGAGGAGCAGAAUGCCCCCAGCCUGGGCAGAGAGCCUCUAUCGGCACCCCAGGGAGGGGACCUGGCUGGGACACUUGCCUGUAUGGUUCACGUUUCAUGUAAUCCUCAAGAAAUAAAAGGAAGCCAAAGAGUGUAUUUUUUAAAAAGUUUAAAA